AUGGCUGCGUGUUAUAUGCAAUUGGGCAUUAAUGAAUUUCCGAGGGCAAUCCAUGAGUGCAAUUUGGCUCUUGAAGUUGCUCCGAAGUAUAGUAAGGCACUAUUGAAAAGAGCGAGAUGUUAUGAGGCUUUGAAUCGGUUGGAUUUGGCACUCAAUGAUGUUAUGACUGUUUUGAAGAUGGAACCGAAUAAUUUCAUGGCAGCUGAAAUUGAAGGAAGGGUGAAAACAGCAAUCGAAAAAAGGGCACCACAGAUAAUGACGUUCUACUUGAUGCCAUUCCAUUACCUGAAUAUUUUGAACUGCAUUCUGUUUCAACACCAACCGAGUGAUGAAAAGAAACUGAAGGAGAAAAUUGAGGUGAGGAAGGCUGAAGAUGAAGUUGUGUUAAAGAAUUCCGAAGAAAAGAAGGCUGAAGACAAGGUGGUGGUGGAGGUAGAGAAAAAAAGUAACACGAUGGAGGCAGAUCUUAAAAGAACGGUGAAAUUAGUAUUCGGAGAAGAUAUAAGAUGGGCUCAGAUUCCUGUCAACUGCAGUAUUUUGAAACUGAGGGAAAUAAUUUCUGAUCGGUACCCUUGCUCAAAAGCUGUUCUUGUCAAGUAUAGCGAUCAAGAAGGUGACUUGGUCACAAUCACUACAACUGAAGAACUGAGGAGGGCUGAAGCAUCUAUAGAAAGUGGUUCUAUCAAGCUGUAUAUUGUUGAAGUUAAUCCAGAUCAAGAUCAGUUCUUUGAAAAGGUUAAAACAGGACAAGUCAUGCGUAAGCUAGACAUAAACCAAGAUAGCAUUACUGAAAAUGGAAAUUUGAGGGGAAAAAAGGAAAUCGAGAAUCGGACAGUUUUUAUCAAUGAUUGGAUCAUCCAGUUCGCUCAACUAUUCAAGAAUUAUGUCGGAUUCGAUACUGAUGCUUAUAUAGAUCUGCAUGAGCUCGGAGUGAAGCUAUAUUCUGAAGCUAUGGAAGAAACAGUCACUAGUGACGAGGCACAAGACCUUUUUGCAACAGCUGCAGAGAAGUUCCAGGAGAUGGCAGCUUUGGCUUUAUUCAAUUGGGGAAAUGUUCACAUGUCCCGAGCAAGAAAGAGGGUAUAUUUUACAGAGGAUUCUUCCAAGGAAUCUAUACUUGCACGGAUCAAAUCUGCAUAUGAUUGGGCUCAAAAGGAAUAUGUAGAAGCAGGAAAAAUAUUUGACGAAGCGCUGAAAAUUAAACCAGACUUCUAUGACGCCAUUCUAGCUCUCGCACAGUAA